AUGUUUCAAUUAACAUUAUGUAUUUUGAAACCAGAUAUUGUUCGAUCACCACAUCUGUUUAAUGAAAUAAUUACAUUAAUAUUGAAACGUCAAUUUAUUUUUGUUAAAAGUAAACGUUUACAAUUAAGGCGUGAACGUGCUGGGGAAUUUUAUCGAGAACAUCAAGAAAAAUUUUUCUAUAGUCGACUUGUUCAUUAUAUGAGUUGUGGACCAAUCUCAUGCCAUAUUCUUGGACGAGAAAAUGCUAUCAAAGAAUGGAGAUCAAUGCUUGGCCCAACGAAAGUAUACAAAACGAUAUUUGAAGCAGAAAAUACAAUAAGAGGUCAACAUGGUGUAACUGAUACAAGAAACUGCGGUCAUGGAUCAGAUUCAGUUGAAACAGCGCAACGUGAAAUUAAUUUUUUCUUUCCUGAAUUUGACAUACAAUCAUUAUCGAAAUAUGAAAAUAUGUUAACAAACAAAUCGAUAUUUAACAAAGACACUCUGGAGCAUCAAUUAUAA